GUACCGCUGCGUCUACGCCGUCAAAAAGAAGACGAAGAAGAAGUGAGCCAGUUCGUCAGCGCACCGAAAUACAGCAACAUUUCGGAGGAAACAUGGCUUCCUCAGUCGGUUGUGAGCAUUAUGUGCGCAGCUGCUUAUUAAAAGCACCUUGCUGUGGAAAACUGUACGUGUGUCGGCUGUGCCAUGAUGCAGAGGAGAACCACCAGAUGGAUCGAUUUAAAGUCCAAGAGGUGCAGUGCUCCGAGUGUCAGACAGUGCAGCAGGCGCAGCAGAAUUGCCAGCAGUGUAAUGUGCACUUUGGAGAGUAUUACUGUGACAUCUGCCACUUGUUCGACAAGGAUAAGAAGCAGUACCACUGUCUGCCCUGCGGAAUAUGCAGGAUUGGGCCCAGGGAGAAGUAUUUCCAUUGUAAGAAGUGCAACCUGUGUUUAGCUCAGGAUCUGCAGGGAAACCACAAGUGUGUUGAAAAUGUUUCCAGGCAGAACUGCCCCGUGUGUAUGGAGGAUAUUCACACGUCCAGAAUUGGAGCUCACGUUCUUCCUUGCGGCCAUCUUUUACACAAAACCUGCUUUGACGACAUGGUCAGAACAGGAGCGUAUCGCUGCCCCCUGUGUAUGCACUCAGCCUGGAGCAUGGAGGACCACUGGGACCAGAUAGACAAAGAGAUUUCCCUGUCACCGAUGCCCACUGAAUACCAGGGCGCUACUGUCAAAAUUAUAUGUAACGACUGUCAGACACACUGCACGGCGCCUUUCCACGUGCUAGGGAUGAAGUGCAGCGGCUGUGGCUCCUACAACACGGCGCAGGACGGGGGACUCAUGCAGCAGCAGCAGGGGGAGCAGCAGCAGCAGGAAGAGCAGCAGCAGCAGCAGCAGGAGGAGCAGCAGGAGGAGCGGCGGCAGGAGGAGGAGGAACGGCGGCGGCAGCAGCAAGAGGAGGAGCAGCAGUAGGACGGCGGAGGCAGAAACAGACACAGCCCCACACUGGCUGACAUUUGUACUUUAGUCAUGUGGCUGCUGCACUUACUUGUAGACUGAGCCAAUACUCCUAGAUUGUACAAAAAAUACAUAUUUUUUCUCAACCUGCUUAUCCUCUUCAGUUCUGGAACAUAUCCCAGCAUGCACUUGGUGAGAUGAAGGGUACCAGGUUAUCACGGGACUAACACACAUUCACACCUGCAGGCGAUGUAAAGCAUCAUCAUGUGGCACCAUGACAGAACAAUGAGCAGGUUAGCUGGUGGUGGAGGUUGUGCAGUAUCCGACCGUUUAGGAUUGUUUUCUGUUAAAGGGAUAGUUCAAAUGUUUUGAAGUGUGGUUGUGUGAGGUACUUAUCCAGAGUCUGUGUGUUGCCUACAGUAAACAGACAGGAGUACAGGCAGGAGGCUAAUGUGCUGCUGUGGACCGGGGCGUUUGUUAGCCACUUAAAAACAAUCGAUAUCAGUUAAAGUGUGCGCUAUAUUUAUAGUAUGUUCACCUCUGCACCUUGCUGUCAGACGGCCUUUCUGACAUGGAGCUGGAGCCGGCAUCUUUGCACUCUUUAAAGACUCCACAGUCAUUCCCCCGGCAGGAGACGGGUUGCUGGUCUACCGCUGCCUCGAUCACUUAGUUUGUGUUAUUGUGUGACUUUGAUGAAUCUGGACAAACCAAAGUCACACAAUAACACUCAGAACCAGUUUUCUAAAUGUUUCAGACACAAAAAGAAAUUAAAACUAGGCAGAAGUCAACGAGAGUAACAAAAUAAAAUUCAAAUUCUCCCAGAAAUGAUUGACAGGUUUCAUAUUAUUUGCAUAUAGUUGUUCAGAUAUUGAUAAGUUCUGUUUGUAUAAACUCAAGUAUGAGACACUAGUACACUUGAGUUAUGAUCUUUUAUCACUUUCAUUGAUAAAUCUAUCUGUAAUCUAAAGUAGUGGUUGGGCCUUUUAACCUGGUGGCAGUGGGAACAUGUUCUGAUUCAAUAGACAUAAUUACAACUGCAACACAUGCACUUAACUAUGAAGUACUUCCUGCUCAUAUUUUACAGUCCUGUCGUUUCUGGUGCGGCUGCUGGGACACACGGUGCUUGAAUCUCCGUUACUUAAUGACCGUAAUACAAACUCCCAAUAAAAAACAUUUUAUUAAA